AUGGAUAUUGAGAAUUCAAAAAAACAUCUAAGUGAAUUACAAGAAGAAAGAAGGAGACACAAAAUUACACUUCCAGAUAUGCUUAAAAGGAAAGUUAUUAUAAAGGAAGAAAAUUAUGAAAACGAUGAUACUUGUGAAAAGAAUGUAGAGACAUUAAAAGAUAUGUCUUAUUCAUUGAAUACAUCAAAGGAUGAAAAUGAAUAUUUAAAAUUAUAUUUUCCUAAUAUUAUUAAUAAUCCAAUUAUAAAACUUUAUAAUGAUCCAUACUACACAACACAUAUGUCAGAUAAAAGAAUGAAUACAACAGAUUCAAUAAAUACUUCAAUGGAUAUGUCUAGCUAUAAUUGUACUACAAAUUCUUUGAUAAAAGAAAUGAUAAAUAUGUAUAAACCAUACGAGAAAUUAAAUAUAGGUAUUUUAUUCACAGGACUACAAGCUCCAGGUGGUCAUAAUAUUAUAUGUGGAGUUUUUGAUUGUUUAAAAAAAAAAAAUAAAAAGAAUACACUUUAUGGUUUUAUGAAUGGAUUUGAAGGAAUGCUCAAAUAUAACUUUAUGGAAUUGAAAAAUGAAUAUAUAAGUAUGUUUAGAAAUAGCGGGGGAUUUGAUAUGAUUAAAAGUAGUGAUAUCCAAAUUAUUAACGAUGAUCAGAAAAAAAAAUGUUUUAAAAUAUGUAGACAACUAAAUCUAAAUGGACUUAUUGUUGUUGGAGAUGUUGGUGGUAAUAAAAGUGCUGCUAUUUUAUCGGAAUAUUUUGAAAAUGUUUAUAAAAUUGCAAUAAAUGAAAAUAUUAAAAGUGAAGAAUUAAAUGAAAAAGAAAAGGAAGAAAAAAAGGGAGAUCAAAAUAAAACGGAUGGUGAAGAUGGAAAUAAAAAGGAUGGUGAAGAUGGAAAUAAAAAGGAUGGUGAAGAUGGAAAUAAAAGGGAAGAUAAAGAUGAAAAUAAAAAGGAGGAUAAAGAUGAAAAUAAAAAGGAAGAUAAAGAUGAAAAAAAAAACUAUUUUGAAGAUGAAAAUAAAAAGGAAGAACAACAAAAAAAACACCAAAUUUAUGUCGAAAACAAUAAUAACCAUAUAUGUGAAACACUCCAAAAUUAUGCACAAGAAGAUAAAACAAAUGAACCAUAUAAAAUUAUAGAUAAUAAUAAAACAUGUUUAUCAAAUCAAAAUAAGAGUAAUAACAAUAAUAAUAUACAAUAUGAUAAUAUAGAAAAUUAUAAUUUAUCUUAUGACAAUAUAUUAUCAACAUAUGAUUAUACUUAUGACCAUAUUAGCGAUAUAAGUGAUGAAGAAAUUAAUAAAAAAUAUCCAAAAAAAAAAAAUGAUUAUUUUAUAAAAACUUCAAUUGUUAGUGCACCAACAUGUGUAUAUAAUGAAAUGAAAAAUAAAUAUAUUGAAUGUUCUAUAGGGUUUGAUACAACUAUAUUUAGUUAUUGUCAAUAUAUAAGUUAUUUAAUAACACAUAUACAAACAUAUCUCAAAGGAUAUCAUUUUAUUAAAGUUAUGGGGAAUACAUCUAGUCAUAUUGCCUUAGAAUGUUUCUUACAAACAAAAGUAAACAUCAUAUUAGUCAGUGAAGAAAUAAAAAAAAAUAAAUUAACACUUGAUCAAAUUACACAAUUCAUUGUUGAUGUUAUUCAAAACAGAUAUAAAAAAUAUCAUAAAAAUUAUGGUAUUGUUAUUAUACCAGAUGGUAUAUUGAAAAAAAUAACACUAUUUAAAAAAUUAGUAAAAUCUAUUAUUAAUAUAAAAACAAAAUAUAUAAAAAAUGACAUCAAUAGUUUACAAGAUUUAAAAAACAUUCUAAGUGAUCAUUUAGUAAAGGAACAACAUGAAUUCUUUAAAUCACUUCCUCAUUUUUUUCAAAUGCAAUUACUGGAGGAAAUAUUUUCCCAACAAUUUCACUAUGCUAGGUUAAGUACCGAACUACUUCUCACCCAUUUAGUAAAGAAGAAACUAGAAGAAAGACAAAUUAAUGAUCUCGAAUUUCAUACACACUCAUAUGGAAAUGAAGUUACAUGCUCACUCCCUACAAACUUCGAUUGUGCCUACAGCUAUAUUUUAGGAUUCAGCUGUGUAGAGAUGCUGCAACAUAGAUAUAAUGGAUAUAUGUGUGUCAUCAAAAAUUUGAAGAAUCUACUCUUCAACGUUAACGACAUAGAAAUAUUAGGCAUACCCCUCUGCCAUAUGAUGAAGUUAAAGAAUAAAAAUAAAAAUAUAAAACACAUAAACGGUGAGGAAAAAAUAAACUGUGAGGAAAAAAUAAACUGUGAUGAACACAUAAAAUGUGAGGAACACAUAAAAUGUGAGGAACACAUAAACAAUGUGGAACAGAAAGAUAAUUUAAAAGAAAUAAAAGAGAACGGUAAAACAAACAAAACAGAAAAACUAUCUAAAAAGAAUAAAAUAGAAAAAAAGGACAAAGUAAAUAAAAAAGAUAAAACAAGUAAAAAGGAUAAAAAUAAUACAUCCGAUCGUGUGAAAAAAAGUAAUAGUAUUAUACAAAAUAAUAAUUCUAACAAUAAAGAUGAUGCUCUAACAAAUAAUUUGUGUGAAGCAAAAGACAAUACUAAUAAACAAAAUAAAAAUCAUCUCAUCAUCAGAAAGGAUGCAUUUGAAGAUUUGUUCAUAAAGCGCACAAAAGUAAAUUUAAAGGAUGAUACUUAUUUUAUAAAAUAUAAAAAAUAUCGAUACAUGUAUUUAUAUGAAGAUCAUUAUAGAGUAUUGACAGGUAUACAAUAUGAACAUAAUUUUUGUAUAGAUUAUGAUGAUAAAUCUUUAAAAUUACGAAAUAAAUUAAAUAGUACACAUUCUAGUAAUGAUUAUAUUACUAUAAAACCAAAUAAUAUAUUUAGUAAAAUCAAUUACACUAUAUCUGGUUUGACAAAAGAAUAUUUUAAUAAAAAAGAAUAUAAUGAAGAAAAAAAUAAUAUAAUACAAAAUAAUAUGUUACAAAAUGGUAUAAUACUACAAAAUAAUAAUACAUAUAAAUUUAAUUAUUAUAAACAUUAUUCUACCUUAUCAGAAAUAGAAAAAAUGUUAACAGCUUCAGCUAUAAAAUUUAAUACUAUAUUAAUUCGUCAUAAUACUAGAAUUACAUAUAUUAAUAACAAUUUCUUUAAUAAAUUAUAUACUAUUUCAUUUAUUCAUAUACCUAAAAUUAAAGAUUUUUAUAUAUUACAAGAUAAUCAAUUCCAUCUCAAACAUAAUUAUAGAAAUGUCUCAUGUCCAAAAAAUGUCGGUGUUGUUUUACUUUCUCAUUGUACCCCAGGAACAAAUAAUAUACUCGUAGGAUUACAUCAAAGAUUAUCAAUUAAUAAUUUUAAGUUAAUAGGUUUUGUUAAAGGUUUAAAAGGACUAUUAAAUAAUGAUAUAUGCCUAAUUAAUGAUAAUAAUUUAAAAACAUCUAUUAACAUUGGGGGGUUUCCUCUUCUAGGAGUACACAUGCAAUAUCAGAAAAUAUCAAAUGAUGAACAUAUAUUACAUAUUCAUGAUUUAAUAAAAGAAAAUAAUAUAUCUAAAAUCAUUAAAAGUUGUAAAAAUAAUAAUAUUACCAAUUUAGUAUUCAUAGGUGAUGAAAAAGUUCUAUCCCUUAUGAAUAUAUUAAAUGAUAUAUUUAUUAAUAAAGAUGUAAAUAUUAAAAUUGUUACCAUACCCAUCUCUUUAUAUAACAGUUUUGAUAAAAAUCUUAUCGAAUGUAGUAUAGGAUAUCAUUCAAUGGUUUGUCAUAUUAGUGAUAUUAUAAGUAAUGUACAAAGUACUUGUUUAAAUAUAAAUAAAUAUUAUUACUUUAUUAAAAUACAUACAAAUAUUUCAUCUGCUUUAAUUCUAUCUGUUCAAUUACAAACACAUUGUAAUAUAUGCUAUAUUGGAGAAUCUGUGAAUAAUCAAUUAACUAGCUUGCACACAAUCAUAGAAAAUAUUUCUCUUGUCAUCAUAGAAAGAAUUAACCGUAUGAAAUAUUAUGGCGUUAUAUUAUUUAGCUCUAAUUUGAUAUAUUACAUAAAUGAUUUUCAUGACCUCUGUAACGAUGUCGAUGAAAAUAUAAAAACUGUUCAAGAAAUAGAUGAAAUUGUUAAAAAUGAUAUACUUCCAGAGAGGUUUCAGAAAAAAUUAAAAAAAGAAAGCGUCGAUCUGCUAAAUUUAUUCACAGAGUCCAUGAAAGAUAAAUUAUUGAGAAAAGAAAAAAGAGAGAAUGAAGAUAUUGAUUCUAACUUUGAAGUAAUGUUAAUAAAUGAAAUAAAAAAAUAUAUACAAAAUUUGAUGGAAAAAUCCAAACAAAAUAAAGAAUUAUAUUGCUACAAAAAGCAUAUGAAUACAUUAUCAAGUCCAAUAAAUGUAAAGAACAUCAAAGUUUAUAGUGACAUAGAUUAUAUAUUACAUUUUCAAACAUUAAUUAAAGUCAUCGACAGAGAAAUAAACUGUUUUUUUCCUACACAUUUUGAUAACUCCUUGGCCUUCUCUCAUGGGCUCCUCGCAGGAAUAGCGGUAGAAAAUGAUUUGAUCAAUUAUGUAACAUCCAUUAGGCAUUUAAAUUUAAAUAAGCAAAAUUGGAGUAGUUCCUUAUACCCAGGCAUUUAUUUUUUAAACAAUAAGGACGACAAAGAGCAUUUUAAUCAAUAUCCUUCUGUAGCACCUGUUCCCAUUUCAAUGAAAUCUAGCCAAAUGGCCACUAUGAAACAUAAUGCAAAUACCUGGGCAUACAGCGACAGCUAUAUUUUUGUAGGACCUGUUCAAUAUAGUGUCAACCCAGACAAUCUUGGAUAUUCUUCAUAUAUAUUUUAA